AUGCCGCCUAUUAAAAAGAAUCAAGUCACACCUGAAGAUGCUAAACUUUUGGUGCAACAAUACAUGAAAGAUCAAUAUCGCCCUUACUCAACUACUGAUAUUCAAUUAAACAUGCACAAUAUUCUAACCAAAGCAAAACUAACAAACGUAUUGGAAUCGUUAGUUUCUGAUAAUGAAUUGAUUUGUAAAACAAUUGGCAAAACGAAUUAUUAUACCUAUAAACAACUAAAUGUUGAUGACAGCAGUGGUGAUAACCCCAAAGAAGAUUACGAUCUGUUGCAAAAGCAAGUUAAAGAGUUAAAUCAAGAAAUUGGAGAAUUGAAGAUAGGUAUGUAUUACUGA